AGCACAUUUUAUAGUUGUAUAGUAACUAAGCGGCCUUAAAAACACUAGAAAUUUCGAGAAAAACGUGUUUUGUUCAAAACGACUAUAAACAAACCAUUUUAUUAUUGACAGAAUUGCGUGAAACAUAUAUUUAGCAAUUAUAUAAAUAUGGCCAAAUGGGGAGAGGGUGAUCCACGAUGGAUUGUGGAAGAAAGACCGGAUGCUACAAAUGUAAACAAUUGGCACUGGACUGAGAAAAAUGCAACCAACUGGUCAAAAGACAAACUAAAAGAACUCUUGACAGGUCUUGUGAUAGAAACUGAAGAAGGAAGAUGUGAAAUUACCUCAGUAAGCAGUAUAGAAGGGGAGGCUUCUGCUAAUAAUAGGAAAGCCAAGUUAAUAUUCUUCUAUGAGUGGGUCAUCAAUGGAGAGUGGUCAGGAAUUAUGAAGGAGAGUGAUAAAAAGUACAAAGGGAAAUUUGAUGUUCCUAACCUUAGCGAGGAACAUGAGCCAGAUGAAAUCGAUGUUAAUGUUUCUGUUGAAAAAGAAAAAGACGAUGGCUUGAAAUUAAAAGAAAUCAUGCGCAAAACUGGGACACCAUUGAUGCAAAAGCAGUUUGCAACCUAUAUCAAAUGUUUAAAAGAAGAAUACAGCCAAAAUGUGAUACUACCAACAAAGAAUCAGGCAAAUGAAAAGAAAACUACAGAAGAAGUUCUCAAUGCGAAAGUAGAGAUGAGUAAGAUGGUGAUCAACAGCUCACAUGCUGCAGAUAAAACAUCAGUGGGAGUGAAAAUUGACACCAAGACAGUGACCCUGGAAGAGGAGUUUGUGUGUGCCCCACCCCAGCUCUACAGAGUGUUCACUGAUAAGGAGAUGGUGCAGGCCUUCACGGGGGGUUCAGCCAUCUAUGAGGUAGAGAAGGGUGGACGCAUCUCGCUCAUGAAUGGCUAUGUCACUGGAGGAUUUGUAGAACUGGUUAGUACUGGACUCAAUGUUAAUGGCUAUGUCACUGGAGGAUUUGUAGAACUGGUUCCAGAAGAGAAGAUAGUGAUGAGGUGGCGAUUAAAAACCUGGCCGGACGUGCAUUUCUCAGAGGUGACGCUUGAGUUUAAGGAGAAGGACGGCAGUACAUUAUUAAAAGUGAAACAAACUGGAGUGCCCAGCAGUGAAUAUGAAAAGACAAUCGAAGGCUGGAAGGUGAACUAUUGGCAGAGAAUCAAGCAAACUUUUGGAUUUGGAUCUCAUAUAUUUUGAUGAGCUGCCUUGUUUUCUAGUAUUUUGCAUGGUCAACGUUUUUAUUUUCAAAGGAGUUCCAAGUCUCUGUAUGAGGUUACAUGUAACCCUUUACCACUUAGAAACGUAUUUUGAUGCAUUUGUGGUCCCUCAGAAAGUUAAAUUUAAUUAAAAACCUUUCUUACUUGAUUCAACUUUUAAAGACUUCAUUUUCAACCCUAAGAUACUGAUGCGCAACUGACAGCAUAAAUCCUGGACAGACUGCGAGUUACUGGCAAACUGUUCUGGAUUUUAUGCUGUUUUCACAUAGCCAUUUUCACUUUGCUUCUAAGUGUGAAAAUGAUAAGGGAGUGAAUUUGUACUGUACUGUUGAAAUGUGUUGUUACUGCAAGAAGGGUAAUAGAGAACUUUCACACAAUUGCCUACAUGCUACCAUGUAUUAACUUUUUUUUCAAUCAAAACUAAACAAAGAAGUGAAAUAAUAGCUCUUGAAACAUUGGUUUGUUGAGAAAUAUUAUGGUGAUUGUCUGUGUACUUUUUGCUACAAAACACACUUAUAACAAUUAACAUAUUAUCAUUUAAAGUGUUUCUUUGUUUAACAAGUAUGGAUGAUUUCUGUACUUAGCAAUUUGAGAACCCAGUCAUUAUUAUUAAUGAUUCAGUAAUUGAGUGUUGACUAUGCCUUGUGUUGUAAACUUUGAAAACAUUAUAAACCACUGCAACAUGUAAUAAAAAAAAUCAGUGUACAAUGUUUAAGUAUUGCUGAGACCUCCUGACUUAUUUAAAAUAUAAAAAGCCAAGAAAGUUGGCUUGGUUGUUAUUAUUAACUAAUAAAAACGCAUGAUCUCAUAUACAGUUGCCCAUAUUGCAUCUUACACACAUAAUUUACUUUUGCUUUGAAGUAGCUUCAACUAUAAAGUAAAGGAAACAUUUGUACAAUUCAAUUCGGUAUCAUUUCUGUUAUUCAACAUUCAUAAAACCUUGUACACUAAAUUGUAGACACUUAAAUUUUAAGAUCGACAUUGUUAAAUGGAUGAUUGCGUCUGCCGUCAUACACGUACGGCAGAUGCUUUGUUGCAAGUGUAUUCACAGAAAGACAGCUCACAUUUGCAGUCUUAAAUGAUGAGCGAAUGUUCCUAAAGUGUGUGUAUGUAUUGUUUAACUGAAAACACUUGAUAUUCUUACUUUGAUUUGCUGAAAUAAAGAUGCAAAUUACACUGAA